CAAUACAAAUCAACUACUUGGUUCCUUUUGGAUCGGUGACCCUUUGUUCUUAUCCCCCACUUGCUGUGUCGCUGUUAUUGAUUGCUUCCAAUUAAACACAAACUUGGCUUCAAAAAUGGCACACUUGCUUUUGAUUUUCAUGCUCUCUCUUUUGAUGAUUGCUUGUUCAUCUAAGCUCGUACUCGGUUACUCUGUGGUUGAGUCUCUCCCAGGAUUUGAAGGACCCCUUCCCUUUGAACUUGAAACCGGGUAUGUGGGUGUGGAUAAAUCAGAAGAUGUACAGCUUUUUUACUACUUUGUUAAGUCUGAAUCCAACCCCAAAGAGGACCCUCUGGUUCUUUGGUUGACAGGAGGCCCAGGCUGCUCUGCUUUCUCUGGUUUCGCUUAUGAAAUAGGUCCACUAAAUUUUGAGGCCAACCAGAAAGAAGGGAGUUUGCCCACUUUAGUCUUGAAUCCAAACUCAUGGACGAAGGUGGCAAGCAUAAUCUUUGUAGACUUGCCUGUUGGUACUGGAUUCUCCUAUGGAAUGACAUCAAUUGCUUCUCAAUCUACUGAUUUGCAAUCAUGUGACCAAGCUUAUGAAUUUCUCCGAAAGUGGUUGAUUGAUCAUCCAGACUUCCUCUCAAAUCCAGUUUACAUGGGUGGAGACUCGUAUACAGGCAUUACUGUUCCAAUUAUUGUUCAACUGAUAUCAAAUGGAAACGAAGCAGGCAUUAAACCUCUUAUCAAUCUCAAGGGAUACUUACUUGGCAACCCAUCUACAACUCCUAAUGACCGCAAUUAUGCAAUCCCAUUUGCUCAUGGAAUGGGACUUAUUUCAGACGAACUUUACGAGUCAUUGCAAAGAAGCUGUCAAGGAGAGUAUUUGAAUAUAGAUCCCAACAAUACAUGGUGUUUGCAGGAUCAUCAGGCUUACUCUCAGUGUAUUGAUGGAGUUGAAACUUCUCAAAUUUUGGAGCCAUCAUGUGGUUUUGCUUCUCCAAAACCACAGGAAUUGUUUACUGAAAGAAGAUAUGUCGACGAGAAAAACAUAGAGCUUGUUGUUCAUCAACCAUCGCCUUGUGAUUCUAGUCGUAUCAAUGUGUACAAACUUUCCUAUUUUUGGAAUAACAAUGACAGAGUUCGAGAAGCGCUCCAUAUCCGAAAGGGAAGCAUAACGGAAUGGAUAAGAUGCAACAAAUUGUCUUACACUCGCACAAUUGGGGACAGUUUCCCAUACCAUGUAAACCUCAGCACCAAAGGUUAUAGGUCCCUUAUUUACAGUGGUGAUCACGACAUGAUAAUUCCAUUCUUGGGAACUCAAGCAUGGAUUAAAGCUCUUAAUUAUUCCAUUGUUGAUGAGUGGCAUUCAUGGUGGGUCCAAGGCCAAGUUGCGGGUUAUACAAGGACUUAUUCAAAUCGGAUGACAUUUGCUACUGUCAAGGGAGCAGGACAUACAGCUCCAGAGUACAAGCCUAUUGAAUGUUAUACUAUGUUUGAAAAAUGGAUUUCUAAUCAACCUCUAUGAUCAAUCUUCAUCUUACCCAAAUAGGGGUGCCAAAACCCAAAAGUAUGAUCACUUUGAUGCUGCCAAAACUCUAAUAUGAGAUAUGGUCUUGUCUAUUGAUACAACUAUUUUUGUAUGAACACCAUUUUUUAAGGAUGCAAUGUUUGUUAUUUUUCUAUGACAAAGUGAUCACUAGCUUCUGGUGGAUCUAGAAAUAAAAUAAGGUACUCAAGUUAGAGGUCUACAUUUAAUGUGACCUAUCUAUUCACUA